CAAAUGGCUCAAGACCUUGAGCUUCAUCGUAUAUGAUUCUCUUUGCUUUCCUGGUGCUGACUUGCAAGCCUGUCCACCUUUUGCUCACAUCCUCGUCACUAUGGUUGCGAUCAACAGCCAUGGCCCAGAAAGCAGCUGGCAAGGCUGGUAACCUGACGCCAAAAGAAAUUUCGAUAGCACGCACUCCAUCAUCUCGCAAGUCGGCGUCGCAAUGUUGUCCAUUCGUACACCGGACUGCAAGCUCGCCUCGCGUCCUAUCGCACCGGCCACGACUGAGGGGUUGAUCUUUUCGCACUAUCUCAACACCAAGAGCGGCAAGGUGGAUGAUGUCAACCGAGAUCCACAUGUCAACAUCAACUUCUACGACCCCAAGCCCACCGACUGGGUCAGCAUCAGCGGAGACGCCAAGAUCAACAAAGACCCCGCAAAGAUCAAGCACUGGUCGGACAAGCUUAAGAGCUGGUUCGACUCCCGCGGCAGUCCUUACACGGGUUCGCAUGACGACCCGCGCGUAGCCAUGCUCGACACAUGUCCGCCGAAAUUCGAUACGAGAAGGCUGACGGCAAAAUCAAAGCCCUUAUUGACUUGGACAAGACGGCCGUCUCUUCUUAGGUCGCCGCACCUGGCACGCUCGUCAUCAUCAACGAGGACGACGGGAGUUGGCUACCGCAGGUCAACAGCACCGCAAGGUUACGCUCUGAUUGCUUUCAACACCAUCAUCAUGCUUGUUCGAUGGGCAGAUCAAGCUUGCCGGAGGUGCCGCUGGUAUUUGAAGUUGCAGCAUGAAACCGGCAUGACGUUCAUGUUGUUGCCCAUUGUAAUCAUUUUUCCAAGCCCUUAUGCAAUCAGGAAAAAUGAAACCCCUAAUCAGAGACGCAUGCAAUUGCAAAAUUUCUGUUCGACCCUCGAUCUAGAAAGAGUCCGUUUAAGCUCUGCCAAGUCAUCACACAUAAUCUCUCCCUCGUUCCCUUGUCUAAUCUAUCCGAGAGUGUAGCUACUGUGCAGCAUAGCAGGCGGCGCCUGAAUUCAAUCAUCGCCAGCGCCAUCAACAUCAUUUCGUCAGUCCCUCCCGUCUACUGGUUCUUCGUUGUUGGUACCUCUCCGUCCCACUCGUGGACACGUUUGACAGUCGGUGCAAGCCAUCCAAGACCGAGCAGCGAGCCUUUGCGCAGCUCAAAGUUCUCUGGCGACUCUUUCAUCGACAUCAUCAAGAAGCUACUGCUGACAACAAGCUGGUAAGCGCCGACGCCGGUGA